GCAUCCCUAAAACCUCUCAAAUUUCUCCGGCGUGAUUUCACUUUCUCCGGUAAACAGCGUUCGUCAUCUUCAGAUUCCGUCUACCGUAAGUUAUGCUUCGUCUUUCUUCAAUAUCUUCUUCGAAUUCCUCAUAUUUUUGAAAUCAAGAGUUUUGCAUUUUAAUUUCUUAAUCGCUUCAUUUUUCAACUUUUAUUCGAGUAUCGUCGUCACUUGAUAGUUUUCUGGGGUAAAGAUUGUGAAUUUUCUCGUACCGAUUUCGAUUUAUCGUCUGGGUCUUGUUUCGGUUCAGAUUCUUAGUAAUGGGUUCGCUGAUUUUGAUAGCGAUUUUUUCUCUUUCAAAUAUAUCAGAUUAAGGACUGUCCUCUUCCGGGAGAUGUCCAGGUGAUUCAUCUUUGCACAACAAGGUUUUUGACAAAAUGGCGUCAAGAGCGAUCGUUAGGAGAAAGAACAUCAUUUCCGAUUACUUGAAUGUCUAUGCUCGCUCAAUUCAGAGCUUUCAGUCCAUUGGAAACUCCUCUCAGACGGUUCAUUCACAUGCUUACCACUCUGGUGUUAACCGUCCUCCUGUGGAAACUAAACGUGUCACCGAACACAAGUCCUUUACUAGAAGAGAUGGUCUUCUAAUGCUUUCUAGAAACGGGUAUUUCAAUCGUAGCUUUCAUGGUUUCCACUCGGGCAUUGGUUAUGGAAGUUCAGAAGUUGGUCCUUCUCUGGGGAUGAGAUAUGUAAGCCUAUCCAUUCGUAAUGCUACUACAGUUGCAGCUAAGCAACCGGAAGAAGAGGAUAAAAAAGUUGAUGAGCUUGCUAAGAACAGGAAAGAAGCAUCUCCUGAGGAAUGUGAUCAAGCUGUUGAAAGUCUGAGCAGUGUUAAAGCAAAAGCGAAGGCUAAACGUCUUCAAGAAUCCAAAAAGGUUGCUCGAUCGAUAGUACAGAGGGCAUGGGCAAUUGUUCUAAAGAUAGGACCUGCUUUAAGAGCUGUUGCCUCCAUGAGCAGGGCGGAUUGGGCAAAAAAGCUCACUCACUGGAAACAGGAGUUUGUAUCAACAUUGAAACAUUAUUGGCUGGGGACCAAAUUACUCUGGGCAGACACUAGAAUCAGUUCCAGAUUGCUGCUCAAGUUGGCUGGUGGAAAGAGUCUCUCCAGAAGAGAAAGGCAACAGCUAACUCGAACAACAGCUGAUAUCUUUAGAUUAGUGCCAUUUGCAGUGUUCAUCCUUGUGCCGUUUAUGGAGUUUUUGCUGCCAGUUUUCUUGAAGCUCUUCCCUAAUAUGUUACCAUCAACUUUCCAGGACAAGAUGAAAGAAGAGGAAGCUUUGAAAAGGAAAUUACUUGCAAGGAUAGAAUAUGCUAAGUUUCUUCAGGAAACGGCCAAAGAGAUGGCUAAGGAAGUUAAACAUUCAAGAACCGGAGAAGUAAAGAAAACCGCUGAAGACCUGGAUGAGUUUCUAGACAAGGUUCGAAGGGGUCAAAUAGUUCAAAAUGAUGAACUUUUGGGCUUUGCAAAGCUUUUCAAUGAUGAGCUUACUUUGGAUAACAUUAGCAGGCCUCGCUUGGUUAGCAUGUGCAAAUAUAUGGGUAUUAGCCCAUAUGGAACAGAUGCUUAUCUGCGAUAUAUGCUCAGAAAAAGACUGAGGAGCAUUAAGGAAGAUGAUAAACUGAUUAGAGCUGAGGGUGUGGAUUCCCUUUCAGAAGCUGAGCUACGCGAAGAUUGCAGGGAACGUGGAAUGCUGGGACUGGUUUCAGUUGAAGAGAUGAGGCAACAGCUUCGCGAUUGGAUGGAUUUGUCACUUAAUCAUUCUGUCCCCUCGUCGUUAUUGAUCCUCUCUAGGGCAUUCACGGUUUCUGGAAGAGUUAAAGCAGAGGAUGCUGUCCGAGCUACUCUUUCUUCUCUACCUGACGAGGUUGUGGAUACUGUUGGUAUUACUUCUCUGCCAUCUGAAGACCCUGUUUCUGAGCGAAGAAGGAAAUUGGAGUACCUUGAGAUGCAAGAAGAAUUGAUCAAGGAAGAAGAAGAGAAAGAAGAAGAAGAGCUUACAAGGAUUAAGGAUGUUAAAGGUGGUGAAGAGGAUAAGGCACUGCAAGAGAUGACCAUACCAACAGCUAGCGAAGCACAAGAACAGGCCAGAGCUAGAGUUCUUGAACAACAAGAUGAUCUUUGCAAACUUAGCCGUGCAUUGGGUGUUUUGGCUUCCGCUUCUUCGGUGUGUAGAGAGCGCGAAGAAUUCCUGAGAUUGGUCAAGAAAGAGAUGGAGUUCUAUAACACAAUGGUCGAGAGAGAAGAUGUAGAUGGUGAAAAAGCUGCAAUGAAGGCGUACAAAGCAGCUAGAGAAGAUAUUGACCAAGCUGAUGAAGUUGCUGAAGCAGACGAGGUUUCCUCUGCACUAAUGGAAAAGGUUGAUGGUCUGAUACAAAACCUAGAGAAGGAAAUUGAUGAUGUGGAUAUCAAAAUUGGCAAAGGCUGGCAGCUUCUUGACAGGGAUCGAGAUGGAAAGGUCACACCUGAUGAAGUUGCAGCUGCCGCAAUGUACCUGAAAGACACACUCGCUAAGGAAGGCCUUCAACAACUAAUCAGUAGUCUCUCCAAAGAUAAAGAGGGAAGAAUUAUGGUGGAAGACAUUGUAAGGUUGGGGAGAUUGGGAAGCAAGCCAGAAGAAAAUGCAACGGAAGAAGAAUCAAACUGAAGGAAAUAAUACUAAGAUUUUAAGACACUUUUAGACUUUUAGUAGUAGUGAAGAGAGUUUUAUUGAGAGAAACUCUAAUUCAGGUUUUGCUGCUUAGACACAAGCAGUCUACUUACAUAUACAAGCGGCUAAGAGUGUGAGACCUUUUUGCUAGUUAUGUGAAAAAGAUUGAAAACUAAAAAGAAAGACGACAUUACGCC